AUGAUCGUCUUCCUGAAGCUGAGCAGGCAAGCGCAGGAGAUCAAGAGCCAAAAGGCUUUCAUCGACGGCAUCAAGUCGCAACUGACGACCCAGCAGAGUGCGACCAAGGCGGCAUUGGACACACUGGGCAAUUCCUCAUCUAUAGAGCAGCUGAAGCGGGAGAUUGAGAAGAAUGCGCAGAUCAAUGCCACCUACCAAGAAGUGCUGCGCGAGAUUGGCACGAUCAUCACAGCGGUAGCCAAUGGAGACCUGAGCAAGAAG